CUUGAUGCGGUUAGUCGAGGAUGGCUGACCGCUUCUGAGCAGCAACCUCUGCGCUCUCAGAGGCUCAACUCCAAGCAAUUACACCAGGAUAACUCAAGGGCACAAGCGGAGAAGAGGAAGAAAAGCAGAACUUUGCAGACUGUUGGAAAUAGCCGUCAGUCAUUUCAAUCCCACGUUUUUUUUUCCAUUUUGGGGAGCGAAAGGAGGAAAUUUUGACCAUGCCUGCUGAAGUGAAACAGGAGCAGAGUCCCAGCAACGCCACUUCUCUGGCCAUGAUGCAGGAGCCACCGGAAGUGGUGGAAGAGACAGUCACCAUAGAGGAGGACCCCGGGACCCCUACUUCCCAUGUUUCGGUGGUCACUUCGGAUGAUGGGACCACACGCCGCACAGAAACCAAGGUGACCAAAAUGGUGAAGACGGUGACCACACGCACUGUGCGUCAGGUUCCUCUUGGCCCUGAUGGCUUGCCCAUGCCGGAGGGUUCAUCCCCAUUGGGAAGCUACACCGACUCCAUUGACCGGCGUUAUAUCAAGAAUGGGGGCGAUCGCUUCAUCACGCCUCAAGCCUCAUCCACCUUGACACGCUCUUACAACAACUCCUACAAUGAUUCCUACGGUGAGACGCCAGAGAGUCAGUACAUUCGCCACUACGGUCUGCAUGACGGCUACACUGAUUUGGCGGACAACUACGGCAGCCUGUCACGAGGCGUCAACUUCCGUCCGCCUCGCUACCCCUACAUGCCGAAUAGCUACCGGCCAGAGAACAGCUAUACACUGCCCAUUCGUAAAGAUGACUAUGGCCAUGUGGCCCAACCCCAGGUUCCUAUGGGUAGCAGCACUGUUGACCUGAAUCGCUCCCAGCCUGAGCGCUUUCAGGCCGAACCAUAUGGCCUGGAAGAUGAUCGUCGCAGCUUUGGCCCUGAGGAUGAGGAGCCAUAUGAGCUCGAACCUGACUAUUCCACCGCUAACCGACGCACACUAAAAGGAGCCAACCGGGGUCGCACCCAUAGGGAACCACUUCGUGAUGGGCCCAGAGUCAGAGGCUACCCAGAAGAGCCCAUUGAUACAGAGCUGAUUGAUGAACGCCAUCCGUACAUCCAUGGCAUGUAUUGUGCGCCACUGGCGCAACCAGAGCGAGGGAGCAUGGCCAGUCUGGACCAUAUGGGAGGUCGCCGUUCACCCUCAAUUGAUAGCAUUCGUAAGGAUCCACGUUGGCGUGAUCCGGAUCUACAAGAGGUUAUCGCCAUGUUGGGCCACCCCAUUGACCCUGUCAAGUCCAAUGCUGCUGCCUAUUUGCAGCACCUCUGCUAUGAAAAUGAUAAAAUCAAAAAGGAUGUGCGCCAGCUGAAGGGAAUUCCUAUCCUGGUGGGACUACUGGACCACCCCAAGUCUGAGGUCCACCGCAAAGCUUGCGGGGCCUUACGCAACAUCUCCUAUGGCAAGGACAAUGACAAUAAGGUGGCCAUCAAAAACUGUGAUGGUAUUCCUGCUCUCAUUCGCCUCCUGAGGAAGACUAAUGACAUGGAGGUUCGAGAGCUCAUCACUGGGACUCUUUGGAACCUGUCCUCCUAUGAACCCUUGAAGAUGGUCAUCAUAAACCACGGCCUCCAAACAAUGACCAACGAGGUCAUCAUCCCGCACUCUGGGUGGGAGCAUGAACCAAAUGAGGACUCAAAGCCACGUGAUGCAGAGUGGACCACUGUCUUCAAAAACACCUCCGGGUGCUUGAGAAACGUAAGCUCAGAUGGGGCCGAGGCUCGGCGCAGACUGAGAGAGUGUGACGGAUUGGUGGAUUCCCUGCUGCAUGCCCUCCAAUCAGCUGUAGGGAAGAAGGAUAUGGAUAAUAAGUCUGUGGAGAACUGUGUCUGUAUUAUGAGGAACCUGUCCUACCAUGUCCACAAAGAGGUGCCAGGAGCCGAAAGGUUUCAAGACCCGUCAGCACCACAGGCCCCUGGCUCCGGAGGGCCACAGAGAAAGAAGAAGGAUGAUGCUGGCUGCUUCGGAGGGAAAAAGGCCAAAGGUAGAAAAAAUGGUGAGAAUGACAAAAACUACGAAACAUUGGAUCUUCCCAAGCGUACUGACCCGACGAAAGGUUUUGAGCUUCUUUAUCAACCAGAAGUGGUAAGACUUUAUCUUUCUCUGCUGACCGAGAGCCAAAACUUCAACACCCUGGAGGCUGCUGCUGGCGCUCUGCAGAACCUUGGUGCUGGGCAAUGGACUUGGUCCAACUACAUCCGGGCAACAGUGCGUAAAGAGAAAGGUCUCCCCAUACUGGUAGAGCUGUUACGCUCCGAUUCCGACAAGGUAGUCCGAGCUGUGGCCAUCGCCCUGCGCAAUCUCUCCAUCGAUCGUCGCAACAAGGACCUCAUUGGAAGUUACGCCAUGAGGGACCUGGUCAGUAACUUGCCCAGCGGACAGCAGCGACCAGCCAAGAACUUAGAGGAGGAUACCGUGGUCGCCAUCCUCAACACCAUCCACGAAAUUGUCACAGACAGCUCGGAAAACGCCCGGUCUCUCAUUCAGGCCCAGGCCAUUGAGAAACUAGUCGCUAUCAACCGGACCAGCCAAUCACCCAGAGAAACAAAAGCUGCAUCUCAUGUGCUGCAAACUGUGUGGAGUUAUAAGGAAUUAAGGAACGCUUUGACAAAGGAUGGCUGGAACAAGAGCCAUUUUCAGCCCACGAUGACAGCAACCCCUAAAGCAACCAAGAAUGGCAAAACGGGUUAUGAUGAUACAACUCUGCCCCUUAUGGAGAAGAACCAAGAUGGGUACUCCACCAUUGACCAGAGGGACAAAGACUGCAAGUACAAGACAGGCGACAGUUCAGUGGACCUGACAGAGCAGGAGCCAGUAAAGAAUGACACAAGUAGGAAACACUAUAUCAGGAGUAAUAGGCCUGCAGUCAGUCUGGUGGACGCUUGUGACGUUAAUCCACAGCCUGUUGAUUCCUGGGUCUAAGUGCAUGCAUGGCUUAAAAGAGCAACAUAGUGACACUACAGGAGGAUCUCUCACAUCACCACUGCCAUUUCAUACGGAGCUUGUUUGGAGAUGAACUUUGUACAGAUAGAGGAUUAGAGUAAUAAUCGAUCAUUAUCAGGACAACGACUACCCAGCAGCAGCCAGCAAUUUCGCUUUAAAAAGUAAAAAAAUGAAGAUACGGAGUGACUGUUCCUACGACUUUUACAUUUCUACAUUGCCACUGGACAGCAUGUGAAUUCUUCAGUGUUGGCUGCUUGCUGAGAUCUCCUGGUGACAUCAAGGCUUUCAAGGUUGACAAUGCAAAGGAAUGGAUUUGAGAAUGGGAGGAAGGGACUGUGAAGGGGAAGUGAAUGUGUGCUGAAAGAAAAAAGGAAUACUUUGAUUUUGGCUUUGUUCUAAAGCUGGCCGUGCGGUUUUGUCCGAGUUAUUUCAAUUUGUUGUGUAAGUUUGGUAUUUUUGAUAUGGGCGGUGUGGAUUGGCUGAUUGAUUGAUUGAUCGAUUGAUUGAUUCAUUGAUUGCGUCACUGGAUGUUAGUUUUGGUUCAGGUAGGGGUGGUAAAAAAGACAAGCUGUAGCAUAGCGGACAAACAGACACCUCAAAAGUCAUCCAACCACAGCCCAUUUGGUUCACUGUGUUUGAAGAAAACUGCACUGGAAUGCUUUGGUAUAAGAGGUUUGUAUUAUAAAGUGAGGAUUCUGAAAGUUGUGCUCUGGACAGUAGAAGGUGAUGGAUGGCGGGUGGGCAUCGAAUGGGGCAACAUCUAAAAGAUUACUAGAUGUAUAGAAUAUAUGUGCUGUAAAUGAACAACACCUGCAUAGAUGGUCUUCAAGUGGUUGGAAAGCAGGCAGCAUAACAUGACAACACAGUCGCUUGGGUUUUCUGCUCACUGGCUCUUUGAUUUGCAUAAAAGGAAAUAAGGCAUUUUGCUUAGAAAGAUGACAAAAAGACAAAAUAUGGUUGUUCUGUUGAAAAAUAUCUUUUUUUUUUGGUCAAAUUUUACAAACGUGUACAGUAUAUUAGGGUCAAAAAUGACAAAAAGGCCAAUCUCUUAGUUGUAUAUUAUUACCACAUUGUUUGGAAAACACAUUGGAUUGAAAGGAGGUAACAACCACAUAAUUUACAUGUGCCAAGUUACUUAGACCAUUGCUUAUUUAUAUAUUGUAAGUAAAAAGGAUUUUAAAAAUGAUCAUUCAUAAGGCAAAAAAAAAGUGUUUUAUGACAACUUCCGCAUUUGGGUGGAGGGUCAGAGGUCAAGAAAAGAAAUCCGUUAUAAAUAUAAUUUUUACUAUUCCUUUAUUUUCACUGUGUUACAAUCAAGCACUCAUUAGUGCUUCUUAAAGUUAAAUGUUGCUGUAUACAUGAAAAAAAGUGUACAGAUGUUCAUAUUCUUUUUAAGUGCCAUUUUGUGGUGAUUUCAACUAAUCCAUUGACAUGAGGCAAAAGAAAAGCAGAAUGGACAAAAAUCGUUCAAGGCAAACUGAAAGGUCACACUGUAUAAAGUCAAGUAUAAAAAGAGUCGUAUAGAAUAUAUUUUUUACAAAGUAUCAUGAUGGACAACUUUGACUUGGAAAAACAGAGUGACAUAAAGUCAAUUAGCCAUUUCCCUCGUGCUUGGUAAGACCACUCACAAACGUGUGUGCUAAUGUGUUCUCCAGCAUCAGUCUCUCAGAGUCAGCAUAUACUGGAGACGGAAAUUCCGUAUCACUCGUGUCACCCUUGCGAAUGGCAUGUGCCUGCAUUGACGUUUUUCUUUGUGACGUGAUUUUAUACAAGCUUGCGUUUACACAAUGUUUACAAAGAUGUGUGUUGUGGUAAAAUACAAUAAACUACAAAUAAAUGUAUAAUUCUUAAUUCCAGAAGUUAAAACUAUCUAAUGCUACCCUGCAUCCUUUUUUUGUCCCCCAGAAUUGUGUGUUUUCAUUUGGACAGUACUGAAUUAUCUUAAAAAAACAAACAAAAAAAAACAUUAUGGGCUGUCUCUGACUGCCUCUGCAGCACCACAACCAAAGGAAUUGUACUGAACAUUUGUUAGUUUAUUGGUUUUCUGGUUGUGUGACACAUUGAUGAAAUAAAAAGCCACACAACUGUACUGUUAAAUACUAAAGGACACAGGCACACAAUGAAUCAACCCUACCUGUGUAGAUAGAACUGAUUCAAGUUUGUCAAAAUAAUCUUGGUGUAUAUCUCAGUAGCCAAUGUGUUGUAUGCCUAUCAUGUGCCUUAAUCUUUUCCAUGGUAGAUACAAAUGUGUGUUUUGUAUACCUUCUUUCCCUUCAACUGCCAUAUCUCGAGAAUCUGUCUGAAUUCCUCCCUUCAUCUCACAUGUGUCAUUGUCCCUCCCACGUGUUCCCCCAAGUAGUUUAGAUUGGCGUUGGGUUUCUGCCUUGUAAUACAUUGUAUAAUAAACUUUUACAAAAGUUAGUCAUUCAAGAUGAUUACAUUUUUUUUCCUAGAGAAGUUCAGUUGCUAAUACUUUAGUAGCGAGCAGAAGCGAUGCCACAGUGACAGAAUGUAUUACUUUCAUUUUACUAAUACCCACAUGCAAAUACUAUUAAGCUUGUUCAACAUAAUUGAAACAUGAUGGUUUGUAGAGUAUAUAUUUGGUGUGUUUACAAUAAAUCAUGCCUGGAAAGAA